GUGCAGUGCAGUGCAGUGCAGCGCGGCUACCUCCCAUGCCUCUUGUGUGCUGCUCAUCUCUGAUUGCUUCCCUACUUCUUCAUCCAGAUUCCGCCCUAUAAAUCCCACUAGCGCUCGGGAUCUAGAUGGAACGCACGCAUCCGAACCAUCUUAGAAGAAGAAGAGCCAGCAACAAGGAACCAUAUCAGUUCUGUUUGUUGGACGCGCCAAGACGAUCGAGGCAUGCCUGCUGCCGUCUCCGGGCGCCUCUUGGCUAGGACCAUGGCGAGCCACCACAACCACCGGCAGCAGCGACCAUUGCCGGUGAUCAACAUUGGCCGGCUCGGCGACAAGGACCCCGCCGCCCGGGCGCUCGUCGUCGAGGACAUAGCACGGGCGUGCCGCGACCGGGGGUGCUUCCAGGUGAUAAACCACGGCGUCAGCAAGUCCGCCAUGGACGGCGCGCUCGAGGCCGCCUCGGAGUUCUUCGACAUGCCCGCCGACCGCAAGGCGGCGUUCGCCUGCGACGACAUCCGCAGCCCGGUCCGGUACGACACCAGCUCCCGGGACGGGAUCAGCAAGGCCAGGUCUUUCCUCAAGCACUACGCCAAUCCCAUCGAGGACUGGGUCGACUCCUGGCCAACACAGCCGCCAACAUACAGGAAGAAGAUGGGGAAGUAUGCCGUGGAGGUGCAGAGGCUGUCGGUGCAGCUCACGGGGGCCAUCGUGGAGGGGCUGGGACUAUGCCCAAUGUACCUUGAGGAGAAGCUCGGAGCAGGGCUGCAGUUCAUGGCGCUCAACAACUACCCGCAGGGAUCGUCUCGGGCCGGCGACACGGUCGGGCUGGCGCCGCACUCGGACAUUGGCUUCAUCAGCAUCCUGCUGCAGAGCUCGCCGGGGCUGGAGGUGACGCACCACGACGACGGCGGCAUAUGGACGCCGGUCCCGUCCAUUCCAGGGGCGCUCCACGUCCACCUCGGCGACCACCUGGAGGUGCUGAGCAACGGCCGGCUCAGGUCCCUCCUGCACCGUGCCAUCCUCAAUACGGAUGAAGCGAGGAUCUCCAUCGCCAGCAUCCAUGGCGCGGCGAUGGACGAGAAGGUCCGGUGCGCCGAGGAGCUCGUCGACGAGCGCCACCCGAGGAUGUACAGGGAGAGCAGCUUCCAUGACUUCCUCGACUUCCUGCCGACCAACGUCAAGGCGUACCGGAGGUUCGUUGAGACCCUCAAGAUCGACACUGCUUAACCCAAAAACAUCAUAUUCGUUCUGCUGCAUUAAGAGUUUAAGACACACACAGCUGAAGGAGACUCUGCACAUAAGUGUCCAUUUAGUUGUGUCAUUUAAUUAUGCCUCCAUUACCAAGUAUCUCCGUACGAAUAAGGGAGUAUGGUAUCAGCAGAGCAGGAUAGGCGUGUGAUUAGCAGGGUGCCUUUUUUUUAAGACUCUCCAUUUCUUGCUUUGGGGAAAUGCAGUAUUCCUGCAUGUCUCUUCCAUCAAAAGGAGGAUCAAAGGGACCUUGCAGAGCUCUUCCGGUCCUGUGGUACCUGCACCAUGUGUCCGAUAUCUGUAUUAGUUCAUUUCACCUAUUGAAAUUUAUUUUCUCAUGAGAUGUAUUGC